CCCUCCCUCUCUGCCUCCCUCAGAGCAUGCGACCAUGAUGAGUGUUCCUCAGCCUGACCCGGAUGAGAUGCCCCCUUCCACCAUCACCCCUGUCACCACCCCCACCCUGAGCCUGACCCCCAUCACAGACGAGCUGGAGUGUAAGAUCUGUUACCAGCGAUACAAUGUCCACAACCGCAGGCCCAAGAUCCUGGACUGCCUCCACCGGGUGUGUGCCCGCUGCCUCAACAAGAUCCUGGACGUGGGGGACGUCUUGGGCUGCAUUUCCUGCCCCUUCUGCCGACACGAAACAGAGGUCAGCGAAUACGAGGUGUCGGGCCUCCCCGACGACUCCAACGUCAUAUCCUGCCUGGCCGUCAGGGAUAAGUCCUGGAGCUCCGACCACAGCAAAGAGGUGACCCUCACCCCCACGAGCCUGUCCUCCACCUCCCCCUCGCACCACUCCUCCAACUGCCUGGUGAUCACUAUCAUGGAGGUCCAGAGGGACACGGGGUCCGGGGACCGUGGCCCGGGCAGCUCAGACCACUACACAGAGCACAGCCUGGACUCCAUCUCUGUGGGCUCCAACGGGCCGGAGGUUCAGGAAGCCCUGUCCAAGUUGUGUUCCCACGUCCCCCGGAUCCUGGUGUGGCUCCUGGGGCUGUUCUACUUCGGGUCCCUGCCCCUGGGCAUCUACCUGCUGGUGAUCCAGAGGGUGACGCUGGGCAUAGUCUGUGUGAGCCUGGUACCGUCCAGUCUGACUGUGUGUCUGGUCUAUGGGUUCUGCCAGUGUCUCUGCCAGGGCAUGUGUGACUGCUCGUCUCGGGGCUGACUGACUGACUCAACAGGGUACUGGGGUUGGAGGGAGGGAAAAUACUGGACUGUUGGAGUCAACAUGGUGUCCUUUACUGUCCCAAUCUAACGACCAGCCGGGUUGGAGGGAGAGAAAAUACUGGACUGUUGGAGUCAACAUGGUGUCCUUUAAUGCCCCAAUCUAACGACCAGCCGGG